AUGACGUCCAAUAAACCCGUGGCUGUAGCCAGUAUGCCCCCGAUUCCAAAUAGAGAGGACCUGACGGCAACAUGGAAAUACCUUGAAGCCGGAGUCUCGAAGAUCAUGAGCAAUCUCCAAGAUGGUAUGGAUAUGACAACAUACAUGGGAGUCUACACCGCCGUUCACAACUUCUGUACAUCACAAAAGGCAAUUAGCAACGCAUCUCAUGGCGCCAUUGGAGGUGCGCACCGUGGAGCUCAUCUCCUCGGAGAGGAUCUGUACAACAACCUCAUUGUUUACCUCACCGGGUACCUCGAAGAUCUGGUCGCCAAAUCCCGAACACACUCCGAUGAGGCUCUCCUCGCUUUCUACAUCAGAGAAUGGGACCGAUACACGACCGCCGCAAAAUACAUCAACCAUCUUUUCAAGUACCUGAACCGACAUUGGGUAAAGCGGGAGAUGGACGAGGGAAAGAAGAACAUCUACGAUGUCUAUACACUUCACCUGGUCCAAUGGCGGAUGACCCUGUUCAAUGCUGUCCAUGACCAGGUCAUGGAGGCCGUCUUGAAGAUGGUUGAGCGACAACGUAACGGCGAAACCAUUGAGCACAGCCAAAUCAAGAGCAUCGUAGAUUCUUUUGUCUCCCUUGGACUGGACGAAGCCGACCCAACCAAGUCUACUCUCGAUGUCUACAGAUACAACUUCGAGAGACCUUUCUUAGACGCUACCAAGGUCUUCUACCAAGUCGAGUCGAAGCAAUUUGUUGCAGAGAACAGCAUCGUGGAAUACAUGAAGAAAGCUGAGGUCCGUUUGGACGAGGAGGAGGAGCGCGUAAACAUGUACUUGCACCCAGACAUCAUCCUUCCCUUGAAGAAGUGCUGCAAUAAUGCCCUCAUCGCCGACCACUCCGCUAUCCUCCGGGACGAGUUCCAGAUUCUGUUGGACAACGAUCGGUACGACGAUAUGCAACGGAUGUACAACUUACUGUCUAGGAUUCCGGACGGACUGGAGCCCCUCCGAACCAAGUUCGAGGCCCACGUCCGAAAGGCUGGCUUGGCAGCUGUUGUGAAAAUCGCUGCUGAUGCUGACAAGAUUGAGCCCAAGGUCUACGUCGAUGCCCUGCUCGAGAUCCACACCCAGUACCAAGGUCUUGUCAAGCAAGCUUUUAAGGACGAGCCAGAGUUCACCCGCUCCCUGGAUAACGCAUGUAGGGAAUUCGUCAACCGUAACCAGGUCUGCAAAUCCGGAUCCAACAAGUCACCUGAGUUGCUUGCGAAGUACGCCGAUGCUUUGCUGAAGAAAAGUGCCAGUGGGGCUGAGGAGAAUGAUCUCGAGAACUCCUUAACUCAGAUCAUGACCAUUUUCAAGUAUAUUGAAGAUAAAGAUGUGUUCCAGAAGUUCUACUCUCGCAUGUUGGCCCGUCGGUUGGUACACACUAGCUCUUCAUCUGACGAUGCGGAGACUAGUAUGAUCAGCAAAUUGAAGGAGGCUUGUGGUUACGAGUACACCAACAAGCUCCAGCGUAUGUUCCAGGAUAUUCAGAUCUCCAAGGAUUUGAAUACUGGGUUCAAGGAGUUCGAGAGCAAGUUGGCGGAGCCAGGAGAUGCCAAGCCAGUCGAUGCUGCCUACUCAAUUUUGGGUACGGGCUUCUGGCCACUAAACCCCCCAAACACCGAGUUCACCGCGCCCGCCGAGAUUGCGAAGGCUUACGAGCGCUUCACUACAUUCUACAGCCAGAAGCACAACGGCAGAAAGCUGACUUGGCUGUGGCAAUUGUGCAAGGGAGAAGUCAAAGCCAACUAUGCCAAGAACAUGAAGACCCCCUACACUUUCCAGGUGUCCACUUACCAAAUGGCCGUCUUACUACUCUUUAACGAGAAGGACAAGAACAGCUAUGAAGACAUCUUCGCUUCCACCCAACUUCAUGCUGAUGUUCUUGACCCUUGCCUCGCUAUCUUCUUGAAGGCCAAGGUCCUCACGAUGUCGCCAGAUGGAGAAAAACCAGGCCCAGGCAAGAUAUUCGCCCUCAACUAUGACUUCAAAAGCAAGAAGAUCCGUAUCAACUUGAAUAUCCCAGUAAAGUCCGAGCAGAAGCAGGAAGUUGAUGAGACCCACAAGACCAUUGAGGAGGAUAGAAAGCUACUCAUGCAGUCUGCAAUUGUGCGUAUCAUGAAGGCCAGGAAGAAGAUGAAGCAUACCCAACUGGUCAGCGAGUGUAUCAACCAGAUCAAGACUCGAUUUAUUCCCAAGAUCCCCGACAUCAAGAAGUGCAUCGACAUCUUGUUAGAAAAGGAGUACUUGGAGCGUCUCGAUGAUGACGAGUUAGGUUACCUUGCAUGA